CUUUACUAUCACUUUAUAUUACGCAGGUUAAAGACACAUAUCAGUUUAUAACAACCUUUUCAAACGAUGGGGUGUAUUUAUAUUGCGUAUUUGUUUAUAUCAGCUUUUCUUAUUUCGGUAUCACAACAACAAGCGAUAUUUACCGGAGCCCAGCGACAAAAGCUCGAGGAUGCCGAGAUUGAAAAGAAAGUUUCUGAACAACUCUGGCCUCUCGUGGAUGAGUAUGCGACUAACGCGUUUAAUGAGGUCCUAAUGGAGUUAAGACAAAAGUUUCUGACGGAGAUAGACCUGCUUUCGGACGAAAUCGACAGCCUCGCUGACAAGGCAGUACAGGUGGAAGAGGCCAUAAACAACAUAUCGCUUGUUGCUGAUGUUACAAGACCCAGGUGUCCUGAAACAACAGACGGCCACUAUAUUCUACAAGGCAAUCAUUGCUUCAUGUUCAGAGAUGAAAAAUUAUCAUGGGCCCAGGCUAAGUUAUGGUGCAAUGUCAAAGGUGGACAUCUAGCCAGACCUACAACAACGAAAAUCAAUGACUUCUUGAAACGGGAAUGUAAAAUUAGAGGAAAACAAUUCUGGAUUGGAGGCCAUGACACAGUAGAAGAAGGAAGAUGGGUAUGGGACAAUGGCGAUCCUAUCCCUAGUAACAUCAUGGACUGGGCACCAGGGGAACCAAAUAACUACGGCACCGGGCAGGAUUGUCUCGGCAUAGGACAAGAUUCCCACCGUAAAUGGGACGACAAAGCCUGUAGUUUUGGUUUGGAAUUUGUGUGCCAAACAGCAGCUGUGAAUAAUUAACGUAGAAUGAUUAACAAUAGACGAAUGGUGAAUUCAGCAGGGAUGCGGUAGCAAUCGACAAUACUACAGAGUUUGGACAGGACGGCAACAAUUGAUUGUACUGGACAGUUUGAACAGGGCGGCGAAAGUUGACAGUUUGGACAGGACGGCAACAAUUGACAGUUUGGACAGGGCGGCGACAAUUGACAGUUUGGACAGGGCGGCGACAAUUGACAGUUUGGAAAGGGCGGCGACAAUUGAUUGUACUGGAGAGUUUGGACAGGACGGCGACAAUUGAUUGUACUGGACAGUUUGAACAGGGCGGCGACAAUUGACAGUUUGGACAGGGCGGCGACAAUUAACAGUUUGGAAAAGGCGGCGACAAUUGACAGUUUGGACAGGGCGGCAACAAUUGACAGUUUGGAUAGGACGGCGACAAUUGACAGUUUGGACAGGGCGGCGAAUGUUGACAGUUUGGACAGGGCGGCGAAUGUUGACAGUAUGGACAGGACGGUAACAAUUGACAGUUUGGACAGGGUGGCGAAAAUUGAUUGUACUGGACAGGGUGGCGACAAUUAACAGUUUGGACAGGGCGGCGACAAUUGACAGUUUGGACAGGACGGCAAAAAUUGACAGUUUGGACAGGGCGGCGACAAUUGAUUGUACUGGACAGUUUGGAUAGGGCGGCGAAUGUUGACAGUUUGGACAGGGUGGCGACAAUUGACAGUUUGGACAGGACGGCAACAAUUGACAGUUUGGACAGGACGGCGACAAUUGACAGUUUGGACAGGGCGGCGACAAUUGAUUGUACUGGACAGUUUGAACAGGGCGGCGAAUGUUGACAGUUUGGACAGGGCGGCGACAAUUGACAGUUUGGAAAGGGCGGCGAAAAUUGAUUGUACUGGACAGGGUGGCGACAAUUAACAGUUUGGACAGGGCGGCGACAAUUGACAGUUUGGACAGGACGGCAAAAAUUGACAGUUUGGACAGGGCGGCGACAAUUGAUUGUACUGGACAGUUUGGAUAGGGCGGCGAAUGUUGACAGUUUGGACAGGGUGGCGACAAUUGACAGUUUGGACAGGACGGCAACAAUUGACAGUUUGGACAGGGCGGCGACAAUUGAUUGUACUGGACAAUUUGGACAAGACGGCGACAAUUGAUUGUACUGGACAGUUUGAACAGGGCGGCGAAUGCUGAAAGUUUGGACAGGGCGGCGACAAUUGACAGUUUGGACAGGGCGGCGACAAUUGACAGUUUGGACAGGGCGGCGACAAUUGACAGUUUGGAUAGGGCGGCGACAAUUGACAGUUUGGACAGGGCGGCGAAUGUUGACAGUUUGGACAGGGCGGCGAAAAUUGACAGUUUGGACAGGGCGGCGAAUGUUGACAGUUUGGACAGGACGGUAACAAUUGACAGUUUGGAUAGGGCGGCGAAUAUUGACAGUUUGGACAGGGCGGCGACAAUUGACAGUUUGGACAGGACGGCGAAAAUUGAUUGUACUGUACAGUUUGAACAGGGCGGCGAAUGUUGACAGUUUGGACAGGACGGCGACAAUUGACAGUUUGGACAGGGCGGCGACAAUUGAUUGUACUGUACAGUUUGAACAGGGCGGCGAAUGUUGACAGUUUGGACAGGGCGGCGACAAUUGACAGUUUGGACAGGGCGGCAACAAUUGACAGUUUGGACAGGGCGGCGACAAUUGAUUGUACUGGACAGGGUGGCGACAAUUGAUUGUACUGGACAGCUUGGAUAGGGCGGCGACAAUUGACAGUUUGGACAGGGCGGCGAAAGUUGACAGUUUGAACAGGGCGGCGAAAGUUGACAGUUUGAACAGGACGGCGAAAGUUGACAGUUUGAACAGGACGGCGAAAGUUGACAGUUUGGACAGUACGGCGAAGUUGACAGAACUUAACAGUUUGGACAGGGUCGCGACUAUUGACAGUUUAGACAGGGUCGCGACUAUUGACAGUUUAGACAGGGUCGCGACUAUUGACAGUUUAGACAGGGUCGCGACUAUUGACAGUUUAGACAGGGUCGCGACUAUUGACAGUUUAGACAGGGUCGCGACUAUUGACAGUUUAGACAGGGUCGCGACUAUUGACAGUUUAGACAGGGUCGCGACUAUUGACAGUUUGGACAGGGCGGCGACAAUUGACAGUUUGGACAGGGCGGCGAAUGUUGACAGUUACAAUUGGACAGGGCGGCGACAAUUGACAGCGUGAUAUACUGUAAUACAACUUUCCUUUCGCACUUAAAUGAUGUAUGAUUGUUAACAAAGACCAUACUUAUACUAUGAUAAUUACAUUUUAUGUUUAGAUACAUUCGUUAAAAUAGUCGUUAUGUUUAGGUUUUCAGGCCUACUGGCCAUCUUUAGACCUUUAUGCAUUGUGGUAGGAAUCUGCUCCCAUGACUUUAUUUACAUCGAUUACCUAUUAUUUCAUGUUAAUCAGAAACCACAUUGUCUCGUGAACCACGGGAAAAUGUCUUUAUGUAUCAAUAAUAACGAAAAUAUUCCAUACAUUUUGUUAUGAUGCGGAUAAAAGUGCGAGAACGUGACAACAAUGGACACAAUUGCUGUGGGUUAUUGAUGUCUUUAUUGGUGUAUAACAAUUACCAGUAUUAUGUUAAUAAACCCCCAUACACUAA